GUUCUAUUUCUGCCUCCUUUCUAUUUGUCUAUCAUCUCGGUCUCUUCUCUCCAUCCAAUAUCCGCGUUGCGUCGUUCCCCGCAUUCAGGGACUAGGCUCAACAGACUAAUCAGACCGAUCCGCCCCCCUCGCCCUCGGUCGCCCAACCUCGGCAACCCCAUCUGCUCCACCCGCGGUUCGCUGGGAUCCAUUCAUUGAUUUCUAUUUAUCUGGUCCGCCUCACGCUGUUCUGUUGCUAGACCAUACACGAUACUACUGUGGUUGUGUUUUGUGACUUCAUCAUGCCUUUCAACACUGCUUUGACCCGGAAGCUGGGCAUCGCCGUGCCCGUCGUCCAGGGUGGGAUGCAAUGGGUGGGAUUCGCUGAGCUGGCGGCUGCCGUCAGUAAUGCCGGUGGUCUCGGUAUCUUAACGGCCCUCACCCAACCGACGCCCGAAGAUCUCCGCAAAGAAAUCCGUCGCUGCCGCGCGAUGACCAAGAACCCCUUCGGCGUGAACCUGACUCUUCUCCCGGCUCUGGUGCCUCCCGACUACGCCGCCUACGCGCAAGUCAUCAUCGACGAGGGCGUCAAGAUCGUCGAGACGGCCGGCAACAACCCGGGCCCCGUGAUCACGCAGCUGAAGAAGGCCAACACGAUCAUCCUGCACAAGUGCACCACCAUCCGCCACGCCAAGUCGGCCGUCAAGCUGGGCGUCGACUUCCUGUCGAUCGACGGGUUCGAGUGCGCCGGCCACGUCGGCGAGCACGACAUCACCAACUUCAUCCUGCUCAGCCGCGCGCGCCAGGAGCUCAAGAUCCCGUUCAUUGCCUCCGGUGGGUUUGCCGACGGCCAGGGUCUGGCCGCUGCGUUGGCGCUGGGCGCUGAGGGUAUCAACAUGGGUACGCGGUUCAUGUGUACCGUUGAGGCACCUAUCCACCAGAAGGUCAAGGAGGCGAUCGUUGCGUCCGAUGAGAAUAAGACGGCGCUGGUGCUCCGUCGCUGGAAGAACACCACCCGUCUGUUUGCCAAUAAGGUGACGCAGGAUGCGCUCAAGGUAGAGCGCGAGAGCAAGAGCGGCGAGUUUUCGGAUAUUGCGCCGUUUGUGAGCGGGAAGCGUGGUCGUGAGGUUUUCCUCAACGGUGAUGUUGAUUACGGGGUGUGGACUGCCGGCCAGGUGAUCGGUCUUAUCCACGACAUCCCGACAUGUGGACAGUUGCUGAAGCGCAUUGAUACGGAGGCCCAGGCGGCCAUUCAACGCAGCCAGUCGCUGUUCUCGACGCAGAGCAAGCUGUAAAUUAG